AUGGUCUUGAACAUCAAGGGCAUCGACUACAAGACACAAUGGGUCGAGUACCCGGAUUUAGUCCCCACGCUCAAAGCCCUUGCGCAACAUGCCCUGGUCAAACCCAUCAUCUUCCACCUCCUCCCCAAAGUCCCGAAGAACCUGCUGAGUGAAGUCUCAGCGGAGUACUUCAACCUCACGCGCGAGGAGAGCUUCGGCAAGCCCCUGCCGCAGCUAGAAGCCGAGGCAAAGGAGGAGGCAUGGGAGGAGAUGAAGCCUAUUGCGAAGGAUGUUGGGGAUUUGCUUAGGGAGAAGGGGGCCGUUCUUUUGGGGAGACGGGUGAGUUUUGAUUGUGAGUGA